CAAUCAGGUGCAAAAGGUGCAGAAUGAGCGCGGACGGAGUUGUGUCUCGCGCGGUGAUGGAACGACAUAACAUUCAAGAUCAAUAAGGAUUGCGACGGCGUCGCGCAUGACAGAAUUAUUUUGCGAAUUGCAACAAUCUCAAGGAGGUUAUGACGAUGACUGGGGACCAGGUCGGUCCCAUAUGAUCUCGCCGUCUGGCUCGCGUAAUAAAUUAGAAAGCAUCCCUGCUCGCGGUCCUCCACGGACGAACGACGACGACGGCGACGAUGUUCGAAGGGGCGAUAGCGGCAUUUUUAAACCGCCUGCUGGGCAGGUACGUGGAGGACCUGGACACGGAGCAGUUCAAUGUCGGUAUUUUCUCCGGAGAUACGUGCCUCACCGAUCUGAAACUGAAGCCGGAGGCUCUGUAUCAACUGGGAUUACCUAUUAGAGUAGAGAUCGGCUUGAUAGGAAAAAUUAUUUUGAAGAUACCAUGGUCUGGACUCUUCUCGCAGCCCAUUGUGAUAUGCAUAGAGGAUGUAUAUGCAGUAGCAGUACCUGCAUUAUCUGGUCCAUAUGAUCCAGAAAUACAAAAACGUCUAAUAAGAGCGGAAAAAAAGAAGAUACUUGAGGACCUUAAGGAAGAUGAAAUAUUUAGAACUGGUUUACCUCCUCAACUAUUUGAUAGUCUAUUGGCAUCAGUUACCAAGAACUUUCAGAUUACUAUAAAUAAUGUACAUAUUAGAUACGAAGAGAAAAUAUUGCGCAACUUCCUCUGUGCCUGUGGUAUAUGUAUACAAAGUAUAUCAAUAACGACUACAAACAACAAAUGGAAGCCUGGAGUGUGUGCUACAAACUCGCAGACGGUAUACCAGCUUAUACGCGCGGAAUCGCUCAGUGUAUACAUGGAUCACGACACUGAAUCCUGCAUAAAUCUCCAGAAUAAUUGGGACAUGUCCAAUUUGCUUGCAUGGAAAAUCAUGAUGCACAGAGCCUUACAGACAUUUGGAAUGAAAAACAAGGAGUUUCAAUUUUUGUUGAAGCCCUUCACAGCCAAGAUCAAAAUCAUCAUACAUAAAGGCACAGAAACUCAAGCUUCACGUAUGCUAGUCGAUAUUGUUCUGCAGGAUGUAGCAAUGCAAUUAUCCGAAGCGCAAUAUGCCACGUUCUGUCAUAUUCGUGACUCUUUGCUACGUGCGACUGUUAAUAGGCCGCAUGCUAAAUAUCGUCCUGAGAAAAGCGUGUAUGAAGAACCGUCAUCCUGGUGGAAAUACGCGUAUAAUUUCGUUUUGAAUCACUACAUUAAACCGUACACUUGGUCACACAUAGUCGGACACAGAAGAAAUUACAGAAAAUACAAAGACGCGUGUAUCCAAAGCUUGCAACGGCCAAACGACACAGAGCUGAAGCUGGAUCUGCAAAAGCACGAAGACAACUUGACCAUAUUAAAUAUAGUGAUUGCGAGAGAGCAUGCUAAGCAAGAAUUGAGAAAUAAGGAUAUCGAACGAGAGUGCCAAAUAACAACGAGUCCAUCAAAAGAUGUCAGUGCGGAAACCAUAUUAUCGAAUAACGACGAAGCAGAAAAUAUAACAAAUCAAUGCAAUAAAGACGAAAAUCAAAAAUUAUUUGUAACAGAUGUAAUAGACAAUUCAUCCGUUUCAAAAAUAAAAUCGGAGAAGAUCCUAAAACAGAUCGAUUAUAAGUUAAACUUUACUCUGGCGAAUUGUUGUUUGAGCCUUUUAAGUAAAGGCAAAGAAAUGCUAAUUAUAACCGUCACACAAUUUUUGACAAGUAUUGAAGCACGGCCUACAUUAUUAGCUUUCAAGAUAUCUGCUCGUGCUGAAAGUUUUGUAAUCGAAGCUAUAUCAAUCGAUGGGGAUUUGUUUCCUCUUAUUACAGUGGAUAAUGUAUUAACAGGGAAUGUGUCCACAUAUUUUUUGGCAAUAGAUUUUGAGAAGAAUGGAUUAAAUAUGGAUCCUAUUUUUGAAAUAUCCUUAAAGCUAGAAGCUAUUGAAGUGACCUAUCAUCAUUUUGCUAUGGUAGAAAUUAUAAAUUUUUUCAAAUUUAAUACCAAUUACCUUCAUGAUACGAUUCGCGGAGCAUACAGACUGUGGGAUUGCGUAAAAAGAAAAUAUUUGAGUUUUGUGGACGAUAUCGUCUCACAAACAUUAAGGAUCAGCUUCAAAAUAGACAUUAAAAGUCCAUAUAUUAUAUUUCCUGAACAUGGAUCGAUUCAAAAAGGAGGACAUAUACUUGUUUUGGAUCUUGGUAAUAUAACACUGACCAACGAGCUUCAAGCAACGAAUUUGCAAUUGGAGGAUGCCACUCUCAUGGAACUAGAAGAAUUACUUUAUGAUAGACUCAACAUGACAUUCUCUGGUGCGCAAAUUUUAUUUUGCCAUUCGGGUGAUGAUUGGCGCUCGGCAAGAAAACGGAGUGAUUCGGAAUAUCAUUUAUUACCUAAAUUACAAGCAAACAUAACUCUGUCAUACAGUAUUAGACCCGAAUAUCGUCAAUUACCACGGACAAAACUUAACGUACAUAUCUCUAAUGUAAAGUUUAAUCUAUCAGAAAAUAAACUGCGAUUAAUGGCGCAUUUUCUGAAUAAAUUGCUAAUGCUGUAUGAAAAUAACGUUGAAAAAUAUAAGGCUACCUUGAUAAAUUCGAUUUCCGGUCGAAAAUCAAGUAUUAUUUUUAUUUCCACGAAAGAAUUGAUAAAGAUACAAUCUAGUGUAUGUUUAUCAUCUGUCACAAUGAUACAUAGCGAUUUUAAACCUGUUAUCAAGGAAGUUGUAACUAAUAAUGUACCCAAACUUGACAGAAGCGUCGUUUCUUCGGAAGUUAGUGAAGAGGAUUUAGAAUUAUUAUCAAAAACAAUUAACUUAUCCGGAUUCGACGACAAUAUAUCUCCGUGUAAUCACAUUAAUCUUUUACUUCGGUUUGCUAUAGGAGAGUUCUCCGUAAAUCUGGAAGAUGUAGUGGAUAGUCGAGAACAGCCUUAUUUGAAUUUGAGAUUGCACACCGUGUACUAUGAAACGGCUAUAAUGGAAUAUGGUGUUGCCGUUCAAUUUGGGAUUGGAUCGAUUUUUCUCAUUGAUAAGACAAACGCAGGCGUUACCGGAUCGUAUCUGGAAUUGAUAUCCACUGAUGAGUCCUAUGAAGUCCUCGUUGUGUCAUAUCGCAAGGUUAAAUCAAAUUGUCCCGAUUUCAAAUCACACUUUAAAAACAUCGAACGCUCACUGGUUGUGAAUUUGCUGAAUAUUAACAUAAAUUUUCAUAGAUUCGCAUUAUUGAAAAUAAAGGAUUACUUGCAUAAAUUUCAGACUGCGUGUCAGGGUACACUUUUAUUUAAAUAUGCCGAGAAAAUAUAUAGUAAUAUUAUGAAACGAGAACAGAAAGAUAUUGAUCCACCUAUCCCACCAGGCGCCAUCAAACUGAAUUAUUCAACCAGGCUCAGCUCAUUAGUGUUGCGAUUUUGCGACAAGGACAUAGAUUUAAUGGAAAUUAAGAUUUUGGGUUUCGAAAAUGAUUGUAUCUAUAAUGCGAACGAAAGAAUGGUGUUGCGUGCGCAUCUUAGGAACAUACUCGCUGAAGAUUUAAUUGAUGAUACACUUUAUUCCAAAAUUUUGAUGACCGACGAAGAUAAGGUUUUUGAUCUAAAAUACGUGAGACACACGCCAAGAUUAUACAAAUGCUCGGAUAUCGAUACAAAUCAAGAUGACGUGAUGUCGGAUGGCACCUUCAAGCUUUCUAUUGGGCGAAUAAAUUGCGUGAUUAUUUCUAAAAUUCUGUAUGAUUUACUGAAUUUCAUAAGACCGUUUACUUUCGCAUAUUAUACGCGUUCUUUAUAUUAUAUGAAAAAUAAAUUCAUCGGAGGAAUUGAAUUAUUCAAGAGGAGCGCAACAAAAUUGCAUAUUUUCAUUGAUAUACAAGGGCCUACUUUUUUACUGCCACAAAAGAAGGAUGCCCCGAGUCUUUUAGUUUUCGAUACAGGCAUAUUAUCGGUAGAAUUUUUUAAGAAUAGCGGACAGUCAAUACAAUCGAGCAAGGCGAGUGCUAGUGAUAGCAAUCAAUUAAUAAUUGAUAAUAUUUUGGUAAAAUUGAAAUCCAUGACCGUAUCUAGAGCUAUUAUGACUCUGACACGAGAUUUAGAAGUACAGGAACCGAUUAUCGAACCUAUACAAAUUCAAUUUGAUAUCAAGAGAAAAACCGAGUACCGUAGCAUUAUUGAAUUUCAAACUUACGGUUUAUUCAAUGUGCAAGGGGCAAUUGAUAUCGUAAAUGUAAACUUGAGUCAAAGGGAUCUCAAAUCCCUCAUAUCGGUGUGGCAAGAUAAUAUUUCAAAGAUACCAUUAUUUAAGAAAAUUGGUGAGAACGAAGAUAGAAUUCUAAUGCAAAAUAUCCAAAAGAAUGCCAACCAUGACGAUGUUAUGGUUAAAAAGUUGGAAAACUUUUUAACGCAUAAUGAAACAGCAUUAUGCGAAGUCAACAUCAAGCUUACGUUGGAGGGCUUGCAAUUAAAUCUAUUUAUGGAUACAGAAGAGGUAUUAAGCUCUCCUGUGCGUGAUUUAAAUCAUGGUUUGUGCAAGCUAAGCUUCGGAGAAACUAUAAAUACUUGGGACUUUUAUAGUGAUAAGAGUUUAAAAAUGAAACUAUCUCUGCAAAGUUGUUUAUUGCAGGAUACUCGUAAAGACUCAGUUGUUGAGAAAAAGAUAAUACAAUCGCCGGCGAUAUCGUUAGAAAAAAAUUUGGAGUCUUGUAUUUCUGUAUCGAUGUCUCCGAUUGUCGAUGUCACAUAUAGCCGUACUCAAGCAGAGGAGAAAUGUUUUGACGUUCUUAUUCAGGAUAUACGAGUUAAUUUAUCUGUGCCUUUCUUAAUGCACUUGGGACGUUACUUUUUGGAUUCCUUACCUGGUGAACAGAUAGAGAAAGGGAUCAUCAACCAUGGAUAUGAUAACAAUCAAAUGAACCGGAAUGUUUUAAAUGCAGAAAUUGACAAAUUAAGUCGCUCUCAAUAUUUUAAGGAACAACCAGGUACGUCUAUAUCGAUUAGAAUUCAAAAGCCAGACAUCUUUCUAUUCGGUGACUUAGAAAAGAGUAACACGCAUAUGAUACGAAUGCAAGCGGAAAUCUUUAUUGAAAGUAGUAGACAUAGUCGAUCUUCCUCGAUAGUCUGUACCCUGACCAAUGUCAAUGCCAAGACUAAAGGACAAGGAAACUACGAAUCUCCGUGCUGGUUGUUACGUCCUUGUGAUAUAGAACUCUGUAAGAAAAAAUUAUCAUGUGGUAAUGAAGAAAUUACUGUUGCUAUAAAUAGUGUUAAUAUACAUCUAUCAGCCGAAGUGGUUCACACCUUCAUCGAUAUAUUGAAUGAAGCGUCGACUUUUCUGAAUAGCAUUAAUUCGAAAACAAACGACGGUAAUAAUCAGAAUGCAAAUGUACACAAUAAUCUUUGGACACCAAAGAAAGUUUCUAGUAUACCAUAUAAGAAAACGGAUGAAGGUGAUACGGAGCUGCAUCGUCGCCGUGGUGAUCAUGUAAUAUUCAACUUGAGACCAGUACUAAUAUGUUUACUGUUGGAAAUGGAGUACGCCGUGGGAAGAUUUCCAGUAAUGAAGAUGGAAACCGUCAUUACCAGUACCAUCAACGAUUGGCGUAACAAUUUCCACCUUGAAUCCAAUGUAAAACUUCAUGCAUUUUGCUACAAUAAAGCUCGUCGAAACUGGGAACCGUUUGUGGAGUUUUGUACGAAGGACGACGUUAACUAUAAACCAUGGGAAUUUACUAUCAAGACAUAUCGAGGUGAAGCGAAUAUGAUUAACUCCAACUGGACGGAUCCUUGUCACUAUAUAAAGCAAGACCCAGUAAAAACGAGAAAGAAAGAUAUGCAAUACAAUGAGGAGGAUACCACAGAUAUGACAUUUAUCGGACCUGACGCUGAUGCGGUUUCGAUCACGAGAAAAGAACCUGAAACUUACAUUACGUGCGAAGAUGAAUCCGACACGGAUGAUGAUGAGAGCGAUACAAAAUUAACGCGGAUUUCAAAUUAUUUAUUUAAUAGUAAUAGUAACAGUGACGAUGAAGAAAGCGAUUCCGAUGACUCUAGUGCAAAUGAAGACGAAGAGUUUGAAUUGAUACUGGAUUGUAAUCCCGAAUGUUGUAAUCCGGCCACGCGUACGCCGACAAAAAUGAAUCUCUCCGCGCCGUAUAUUAUUUUUUAUUCAGAGGACAAAAUUAACAUUACCAUAACACAAGACAUGAUCGCAACGUGCAACGCGAUUUCGAACGCGUUCACACAAGCGAGGGGUGGGAUUCCAUUUGUGCCCAUUAACACGCGGGAGUUAACUGUAGUAAAUGACAUAGGUCACGCGAGUCGAGUGGAGCUGCUUGUUCAAGAACAAAUUGACGGGAAGAAUGUCACGCGUGUCGUAACCGCGCACAAUUUUCACGAUGGAAGUUCUCCAGUCAGCGCGCCUAGCAGUCCUGAGAAUGAACAAGUGGAUCUCACAAGUCCCCAGUGGACCGGCAAAGAAACUACCAUAGCCGUAUCGAAAUGCGAAGUAUUCCCCGUUGACUCGCCGGUAUACGUCUACAAAUUGAUAACCGGCGAACUCCUUCGUGUCAUCUUCGAAGGUUUUGAAGAUGUGUUGGUGUAUUGCCCGAAGAAAGAAACGCGUAGUCUCGUAUCGCUUCGUCCAGUGAGACACGAAGUUCGCUAUUACUUGAUGAUAGAAGCAUCAAUAAAUAGUUAUCUGCAUCGUACGAUUUGCGUGCGAUCCCCAUUGCAGUUUCGAAACGAGACCUCGUACGCAUUGGGACUUUAUUACAAGAAAGCGGUAGUAGACAAAUUGGGUCUGACACUAACUGGUGAAACUAUGAAUCCUUUCGAUGAUAAUGUGAGAAUGGCGAUCAUAGAACCUGAUGCGAUUUAUAACAUUCCCUUGUAUAUCGCUUAUCAUUGUGCGAUACAUGUUCUUCCUGCAUAUCUAGAGAAGUACCAAGUCAGUGACGAAGGGAUUUAUUGGAAAGAUUUGAGGGGUACAGCAAAUGCAUUUAAAGAUGUGUGCUGCGAGGCGAAAGGCGACAAUAAUCGUAAUGUAUUCUGUGUCAGGGCGAUAUGUACAGAACUCCCGUUAACGACUCGUCCUUCAGGCUGUCAAGUGCCGAAUUAUCUGAUAAAUAUCGUACCACCCGUUAUUUUUAAUAAUCAGCUACCCUUCGUCAUCGAUGUCAGUAUACCUAGUAUUAAUUAUGAGGUGAAAAUCGAACCUGGAGAAAAAAUAAACAUGCACUCUCUGAAUCAUAACAGUAACGUGCAGUUUGUUUUCAAGAUACACAACUAUUUAGGCACGUCUUGGAUGGGUGCGGUAAAAUUGAAUAUGAAUCUAGAGCGCAAGUUCGUGUUAAUGUCUACGGAUAGCGAAUCGGACUUGACAAAGCCCUUUUUGCUAUGCUUAGAACUGUGCAAAAUUCUAAGUUGGAACAUCAUUAUACAGUCGCAGUACUGGAUAAUAAAUAAGACCGGCUUGCCAUUAUUUAUUCAGGACUGUCACUCUCAUAUAACAUAUGAGAUGCCGGAGGAGGAGUUAAUGGUAUUUUCCCAAAAGAACAAUAAAAAGAGCAUGGUGCGAUUGAGAGCUCAUCAGUCCGAAUGGUCAAUGCCGUUUGGACUAGACGGGAUCACGUCAAUGUCUCUGAUUGUUUGUCGCGAUAUCGAACGUGGACGAAAGUAUCAAAUCCUAACAGAGAUAGAGAGCUCUCGUUUGUCUCCAAUUUUUACGAAAAUCAUAACGUUCCUGCCAUACUUCUUCAUCUGUAACAAAACUAAGAGGGCCUUGAGAUUCAUGGAGGAGAAUGAGGAAGCCGAUCUCUGGAACGAUCUCUUACCCGGGCAAGAGAUAUCGUUUUGGCCUGCUACUGAGUCUUUGAAAAUGAGAAUAAAAUGGAGAAACAGUCAGUUAGUUUCGCAACACUUUGAUAUUACGCACACAGGCAAAACUGUGCUAAGAAUGGAUAACGGGUCGGCACUGUGCGUAAAGAUUGAAGGCGGCGUGAAUACUCCGUACCGCAUAAUGUUUCGGAGACAUGUCGCCGGUGACAUACCUGUGAGAGUGGAUAAUCUUUGCGACAAGCUGUUUUUGAAGCUGAAUCAAGUUGACUUAGGCCAAGUCGCUCUGCUCAAACCAUUCCAAAGUUUGCUAUAUACUUGGGACGAUCCUACUCAGACUAGAGAAUUGAUUUGGAAUGUUUAUAAUAACAACGCGAUCGGCUACACAGCGCAAUUCGAGACGGAUGGCUGCGGACAUGAAAAAGUGUCCUUUAUAACCAUUGAACGACGUCAUAGUACGUCUCACUCUUCUGUCACUCCUAAAUCGCUGGCGAAUACAAAAUCGUGGUCAGAAGACACGAGUGGAAAUCAUGUUCCUAGUGCCGAGUCUGACGCAAAAUCGCAAUCGUUAGAGCAUGUGCACCAAGACCAAGCGGAGGUUUAUUGGGUGAGCUAUAUGGAGGGUGAGCAACGCGUGUUGCUGUUCACGCAGCACGAAAGUGUGUACCUGAAAGCGAAGAGCAUCAUCGAUUCCGAGGCGAGCAAGAGAGAAAUAUUCUUAUCAAUCGCAGCUAUUGGAAUCAGCGUUGUUGUACAAGAAUCUAAUCUUCAUAAUGCCAGACGAGAGUUACUGUAUGCCAGUGUGAUUGACUCUGCCGCGCAUUGGGAGCUUUAUUUUAGCAAACGAUGGAGGAGUCUGUCGUUAGAAUUAAGCGCCUGGCUAGAAAAUAAAUACACGAAUUCCGCAAAAGGGGCACAACUGGAGAAUUUCAUUGAUGUUGAUUUUACGAAAAUGCAGAUGACUAAACCGUUUUUCGGCAAACUGCGAAGGACGUACUCGCCAAGUAUCUGGUUGCAUUGCAGAGAAUCCACAACGCUUUGCUACUUGCAGGGAUAUGUUCAUAGAAUACAAAUCGAUAAUCAGUUGAACGAAGCUGUUUUUCCUGUAGUUCUAUAUCCGAGUAUGCAAAAGACUUUUGUGAAUUAUACUGGAAAUCGCAGAUUAAAACAUUGCUUAGAGUUCUCAUAUUUAAAGCAAUGCAAAUUGAGGAGCACUAUUUACAAAGGAAUAUCCGUCAUUAUCAGAGAAUUCAAUUUGAAUCUAGAAGAGGCCUUUCUCUGUUGCUUGAUAAAUUUGAUACCCAAAACACCGGAAACCAAGCAUUCCAUCGCUGCAAAACUUAGGAGAGACGUGUCCAAUAUGCGCGUUCCUUCAGUUCGCAAAAUUAAUAACGACAUGAAUGGCAAGAAGGAUUUAAUAGAGCAGAUAUACAUCUCCCCGAUGGUGUUGCGCUUGAAAUUAUUGGCCAACACAGACGGCUCUAACGCGCGUAAUUUCAGCAACGUACUCGGUUAUCACAAUGUUCUUCGAUUUAUCUUCGAAUACGCGGAGAAGGGUACGUUUGAGAGGGAUGCUGAAUUUCGAUUGCCUGGCUAUCGAAAGAGUUUCAUUGCUGUAAACAGCGAACGGUUUCUCUCGCACCUUUCGCGUGUUUACGUGGCGCAAAUUAUGGAGCAGUUUCACGUAUUGGUGCGCUUAACUACUGUCCUAGGAAAUCAGUACGGCUAUAACUUUAAGUCGCCAGGAUGCAAUUUCUACGAUCCAGAUUUGUUGCUGUUGUGCGGAGACGAAUCUGCGGAGAAGUUGGCACACGAGGUCGCGUGUGAACUGGGAUACGUUACGCCCGAUGGUAUACAAGCCUCAUUUUUAAAUGGGCACGAUGCUCACACGCUACAUUACAAGAUGAAGGAUACGAUUUAUCGGAAUCCAGAUGUGCCACCUUCAGUAUUUUUGGUCGAUCAUUCGUUCGCUAUGGAGAUCGAGUUAGAAACUUCCGGUUUGAUUACUACGUCAACAAACAGCAUCCAUCGAGAAGAAUUAAGAUAUUUCUUCAAAAUGUUGGGGAAGAAGACAUCCGUGCUGUUUCAAGUGGAUAAUUCUUGUUCGAAAACUUAUUCAAAAGUAAUAGCGGACAUAAUAAAAAGGGCACAAGAAGUGGGGCACAAUCUCGUAUCCAGAGUACGAUUACCGCGAUAUAUCAACCCGCAUUUCGGCGUAGAGUCAUUCUCGACGCACAAAGCGAAGGGGACAUACUUAUUGAAUGCUAUAAGUAAAGGUCACUGCGUUCAGAACGAUUCUUAUUGGGGACACGCUGCGCUUCAUAGCGACGGAAAAUGCAUCACGCUCGUAUCUUUGCAGCGGAUAUAUUACAUCGAGAAAGGAAGUUCAUGGGGCUCAUGGAAUGUGAAAUGGACCUUAGAGACUAAUCAGUUGCUAUCACCACCAACUAUUGCUAAGAACAAGCUUAUUUUACACAUAACAGAGAACGAUGAAGAGACGUCGUCGUCUAUGGUAGACUGGUACGUGGAGAGCGAGGUCGCGGACAUCCUGGAAUGGCUGUGUCGCAAGAUGAAUAACGCAAUGAUCCUGAACAUGGAAAACAGCAUAUGCUCCAAAUGAAAAUUCAAAGUUCAUUGACGAGAUCAUCGUGAGGAGGAAACAAUGAACGAGAAGGAUGAAGAGAUCAAUGUAUUUACAUAUUUAGUUCGGCGUAAUAAAAGUCUAUACGGUGAAUGCAAAAAAAAAAA